AUGGCGCCAGCAUUCCAGAAGGUUGAGAGAGGGGAUGAUCCGCCUGCACACGCCCCUCCUCCUCUGUCCCGCCGCCCAGGACGAGGUGUCGAGAUGUCUGUAUCGGUGAGCGCAUGUGGGCUGGAUGGUGUGAUUGACCUGAUCGCGUUCGUUCUCCCAGCGUCGUGGGCCAGCAAACCAGCGCAGAAAGGGCAAAUGCACACUCCCCACGGGAAUGCGGACGGGCCCUUGUUUUCCAGGGCCGUUACCGAUAUUUCAUACGCAUACGGACGGAUUCUCAAAAAGAGGCAUUUGCCCAACUACACCGCCGCUGCGGCGGUGGAGGCGGGCCAUGGCAGGGCGCCCAUCCCAUCGCCGUCCAGCCCAGUCAAGUGCACACUCAUGGACAUGGAGCAGAGUGGCUGCAGCGGAAGGGUCUCUCCUAUCAAGAUGGGAUACGGAUGCCCUGCAUGCGCCUCGCUCGCUUGCUUGCUUUCGAUGGCCAUUUUGCCCUCACAGCUGCUUUCCCGUAAACCUCAAUACCCGACACGACGGGCAAACAAGUCGACAACGGGUAAUUGUUACGAAUCCAACCAAUGA